AUGUCUGGAAUGAGGAUCUCAGAAGCUCAGUGUCCUAGCAUCGCAGCUGGUUUCCUGGACUACCUAGUAUCUUUCCGAGUUAUAAUCGCUUCUCAAGCUUUCAAUUAUCGCACCAGUCUCUAUGGGGCUACGCCGUUCUUCAAUCUACAUGUGAGCAUCCGCAACAAAGUCUGCUAUCGACCAAGCCCGAGGUUUGCAGCUCAUCUUGAACACCAAUCUAGCAAUUCCAAUAUCCAGUCUGUCCCACCCCCAUUACCCACAGCUUUACGAUCGUCUUUUUAUAUGAGAACGCACCACAUUUCUUCAUACUCAUAUUGCUCUCAUCCACCCAAGGAUACUCCACAUUCUUCGAUCUAUGGUGGGUUUCGUCGAUUUUCCCUAGAUCGUGUCUUCGAAUUCCGCUAUUCACCUGAUUAUUCAAUUUAUUUGGCCACUGAUGGAUUUGUUCUGGAAUCUUCAACUACUACCUUGAAGCUAUCCUAUUCACCCGAAGGUAUUUUCUUUCCUUCCGUUGACGGGUCUCGGUCAAGCUCUCUAAGCUCGAACUUUCACUGCCUUCUUUUCGAUCAGUCGAAUUCCUCCAUUGAUGGCGAUGUGCAAUUCAAACCUGCUUCUUCGAUUUUUUUCCCCACAAAAUGA